AUGGACCGGAGUGCAUCUGUACCCACGUGUUGUGGUGCGAAGAAGCAAAAGCUGAAUCACAGCUGCGACCGGACGCUCGACUCCGCUGGCAGCAACCACCAAUGUGUUGUGCAUUCCGGUUCGAAGACCAACGGCCACCAAGUCAACGGUGUUGACAAAUCUGCGAUGAAUGGCGCUUGUUGUUCGGCGGCUCUCGUGGUCUCCGCCGGGCCAAGUCGCUCAGUGAUAGCCGGCUGUCUCGUGGCUCAUCCCGAAAUGGGUUUAUAUUGUUUUGACGUGCUCUACUCUCACUUGCACCGCGCCGACCCGCCGAGGCAUCCCAAGUUCCCGAAUGAUCGAUUCCCGCUUUUCGUAACGUGGUGGAUCGGCAAGGACAAAAAACUUCGGGGAUGCAUGGGAACGUUUGAUUCCGUGCAUCUUCAUACUGGACUCAGAGAAUACGCCAUCACGAGCGCGUUCAAAGAUAGUCGGUUCCCUCCUGUGAAGAAAGACGAGAUCCCGGAGCUCCACGUCUCCGUCUCCAUCUUGUUGCAUUUCGAGGACGGGAACCAUUUCCUGGACUGGGAAAUCGGGGUACACGGAAUCCGUAUUGAGUUUUUCAACGAGAAAGGGAGUCGUAAAACUGCCACUUACCUGCCUGAGGUUGCUCCAUCCCAAGGGUGGGACAAGCAUCAGACGAUUGAUUCUUUACUCCGCAAAGGCGGCUUCAAGGGAAACGUGACUGACGAUGUUCGCAAGAGCAUUCGUCUCACUCGUUACCAGUCAGAGAAGAUCUCGAUCAGUUUCGACGACUACGUCACUUUGGGGAAGGCGGUGACGAGAUAG